GAGUUGUUAUAUGUAUGUCCAUUGAUAUGUAGAUAAAAUGUUUUCUAAACAAAAUAGAAUGCGACCACGCAGGCUCAUUGAGGCUAAAUCUCCUGAUGUGUUCAUUAUUUGUAGUGCCCUUUUGGUUUGUUAUGUUUCUCUGGCCGUGCCAAUCGUAGCAACCGACGGUAAAGCGCUUGCAACCGGGAAGGAAAAGCAGCCGAAGAAAUGGCCGGUAAAUUGUUCGCUUGUGAUUUCGAAGUUUUUGGCAUAGUACAAGGGGUUUUCUUCAGGAAGUAUACGCAAAAGCAGGCAACAAGCCUGGGGCUCAAGGGAUGGUGCAUGAAUACCCGCGAUGGAACCGUCAAGGGCCAAAUGGAAGGGGAGGCGAAACCCGUGAAUGAAAUGAAGCAUUGGCUGCAAACGAAAGGAAGUCCUACCAGUCGAAUCGAUAAAGCUGUUUUCAGCGAAAUGAAGGAAAUAUCGAAAUAUUCUUUCAAUGACUUUUCUGUAAAACGUUGAGUAAAUAAUUUAAGAUUGUAAUAAACUCCUUUGAAUAAAUUCUUUAAAUGAAUAAAAUAAUAUCUUAAUAAAUCCUCG